UCUAAAAAUUGAUUUCAGUUGUGAAACAACCAAACCAAAAUGAAUCGAACGGGUUGAGCUCAAAUCGAGUCCCGCCCAUGUCCCUCCUUCCUUUCGACCUAUGACCGCGCCCAGAUACGCUGCUUCCUCGUUCUCCACCCCCGCCGUCUCACGAUCUUGCUCCUCUUCGCCGCCUUCCCCGCUCUCCGUCGCGGGCCUCCUCAACUCCUGCUGCUCCCUCCGCGGCCUCCAGCAAAUCCACUCCCGCAUCAUCCGCAAGGGCCUCGAGCAGCACCCUGUCCUCGCCACCCGCUUCCUUUCCCUCUGCGCCGCCUUCGCCGCCCCGGCCUACGCUUCCUCCGCCUUCGAGCGCCUCACUGCCCCCAACCUCAUCACCUGGAACGCCCUCCUCAGCGCCCACGCUCAGUACUCCCCCCUCUCCACCAUCGUCGCCCUAUUCAACAUCCUCCGCCGACGCUCUCCCAUGCCUCCCGACGCAUUCACUUUCCCUUCCCUCCUAUCAUCCUGCUCUCGUUCGGAGGCAACCGCCGUCGGCUCCUCUGUCCACGCCACCAUACUCCGAUAUGGCCUCGAAGCUGAUGUCUUCGUCGGGACGGCCCUCAUCGAUUUCUAUGGCAAGUGCCGCGAGCUUGGUGCAGCGAGGAAGCUAUUUGAUUCUCUACUGCACCGGAAUGAGGUAUCUUGGACAGUAAUGAUUGCUGGUUACUUGAGUUCUGGCGAUGUAGCAUCCGCAAUGUCUCUGUUCUAUGAAAUGCCUAGGAGAAAUGUGGUAACCUGGAACUCCAUGAUCGAUGGAUAUGUCAAGUCUGGGGAUUUGGUAAGUGCCCGGGCACUUUUCGAUGAAAUGCCUCAUAAGAAUGCUGUCUCAUAUACUUCAAUGAUUGAUGGAUAUGCUAAAGCGGGGGACUUGGCAUCAGCUAAAGUCUUGUUUGAGCAGUCACCAGAUAAGGAUUUGUUUUCAUGGUCAGCCAUGAUCUCCGGGUAUGCUCAGAAUGGCCGGCCAGGUGAUGCUAUGAAGAUAUUUCUUGAGAUGUACAAUGGGAAUAUCAAGCCUGAUGACCACAUUGUGGUUGGUUUGAUGUCAGCAUGCUCCCAAUUAGGCAGUCUCACCUUGGCCAAAUGGGUGGACUCGUACGUCAUUAAGAAUGGAAUCGACAUCACAAAGGCCCAUGUGUUGGCUGCUCUGAUAAACAUGAACGUGAAGUGUGGAAACAUGGAAAGAGCUGCCAAGUUAUUUGAAUCAAUGCGGAGUAAGGACUUGGUAUCCUAUUCUUCUUUGAUGCAGGGGUAUUCUAUUCAUGGUGCCGGACACAAAGCAUUGGAGUUAUUCUCCCAAAUGCUAAAGGAAGGGCUUUUGCCUGACAAUGUUACAUUCACAGUGGUUCUCACAGCAUGUAGUUAUGCUGGUCUUGUCGAAGAAGGAAAAAAGUAUUUCGAGCUAAUGAAACAUAAAUAUCUGAUUGCUCCUUCAUCUGAUCAUUACGCAUGCAUGGUGGAUCUUCUUGGGCGGGCAGGCAGGUUAAAAGAAGCUUAUGAGCUAAUCAAGUCAAUGGAUGUGGAGCCUCAUGCCGGAGCUUGGGGAGCAUUACUUGGGGCUUGUAAAACGCUUGGUGAUAUAGAAUUAGGGGAAGUUAUUUCUAAAAGACUCUUUGAGUUAGAGCCAACAAAUGCUGGUAAUUAUGUGGUGCUCUCAAACAUCUAUGCUGUAGCAGAUAGGUGGGCCGAUGUAUCAAAGGUAAGGGCUAUGAUGAGAGAGAAGGGGAUCAGAAAAGUGCCCGGUUGUACUUGGAUCUAGUUAUCCAGAAUAGCAUUCCUGCCUUUUGAUUGUUGUUGCCGGAGAGAGAAGGACUCACAUUUCCAUGAUUGUUGCAUAGCUUGGUUUUUGGAAAUUCCAUCAUAUACAGGACCAGAAUGUUUCUGAACUCUCUUCAUUGGGCAACAAGUCUUCUGCUCUAUCUAUUUGUAUGAAGAAUUCACUGAGGGGAUAUCAUUAUGCAUCAGAAGUUGGUAAUGGUUACCUUCUCAACUUUUGGGCGACAAAGGAUUUUGAAAGGGGCUGUUGCCUCUUCGAUGAUGCUAUUCAAGUGUUCCCAGUGUCAGGUAAGAUUGCAUACACAAAGGAAAUCGAAUAAGAUAACAUUGUCAUACUGGAUUGAUUCCCAUUGUCAAGGAAAUAUCAGUGUUUCAUACUGUUGUAGGAUGCUUGAAACAAUGUCGAGCCCUCUGGAUUAUCUAAGAAGUGUUACUUGUGCCAUAUCCUUGAAGUGAUGAGCCUCUCGUCGUGCCUCUUUCAAAAUGGUGCUUUUCAAGCUAAGCAGACGUUAACUAAAGAAGAACGUGCUUACAAAUGAUGAAGAUUUGAUAGCCUCUACUUUAUUGUAUUUUUGUUAGGAUGUUCUUACUCGCCGAUCUUUCAUUGAUAAUUUACGCCAAUGUUUACUAUUUCCCAAGUCUAUAUCAUUCUGUGCUGCAAAUGGAACUUUUUAUUACAUCUGAUCACUGCAAAAGAGAGGAAUAUUGAUUCGCAAA